UAAAAACGAAGUAGCAGCUGGGAUAAUUCUGCUGACCAAACUAAGGCUCUACAGCAGUUGUGUGUCCUCGACGUCCGAUAUAUAGAAUGACAUACGUUCAGGAAUAAGGGACAGUACAUUUAAAGAAAUGGAUUUUGGUGAGUUGCUGUUCAGGAAGUUGGAAGAGACAGGACUUGAUGCCAGCGACGUGGACGAUAAGGAGGAUGACUUUUACAGAAUCAUGUCCCAUACAAUGUAUGGGGAUGCAAACAAUCAUGCCAAAUGUAGAGAAAGUAUCUGUAACUUUCAAAUGGAACCAGAGAAUAUACACUAUUUUGAACUAUUUUUGCAAAGAUCCUUCACCGAAAGUCCACACGAUGUAUCCACACAACAGGCAUUUUUAGAUGACGUUAAAAAAAGCAAAUCGUUUAACACACCUCCUACUGCACGUGAGAUAUACGCGGCCUGCGAGCUUAUCGGACGACCCAUAGAGGCUUUGGUGUGUGACUUAAGCGGGGACGAUUCGGUCCCACCACGGCUUCAGUGGAGGCUUUUUGUCCCUGUCCUUGGAAGAGUGGAGCCAAACAUAAAUCGCAACCUCAAAAUGGUGAUCUUGUUGACUACACAUAAGACAAUAUUUCAUGGAUUCAAACAAAUAUUAGAAGAAUCUGCCUGUUCGCCCAGCCGAAGUUCAGAAGCUAUGACUAACCAAAGCAUCAUUUGUCCAAUGUCGGAAAGCACCACCAAUCAAAGUCAAGUCAAACAUAGGCGUUGCUAUGGCAGUAAGUUUUCUAACGAGUUAUCUGUGUCUCCUUCGUCUGCAGAGGAAGAAAACUCUUCUGGUGUUAGUGAAUGGAAGCCGAACACAGAUAACGACACAUUCUACCAGUGUCUAAGUCAGGAAAUGUACGGCGCCAGUUACCAUUGGAAACGAGUUAAGAAUUUAAUCUGUGCAUUAGAAGAAGAGGAAGAGAGCAGCGAUGUGUUUGCGGCUAUUAUCACAGACAAAGAUUCAGACAAGGAUCAGGCACUUAAAGAACACAUUUUGAAAAUAAAAGGAGAAAACAGCAAACCGACGAAAACCGAGAUAUAUGGUGCUGCAAGUCUUCUUAAUGCGCCUGUUUAUGUUCUAAGUUUCAUCAAUGGUGCAGACACGUGGGAAAUCUAUCCACCAAUCAGAAAUAGGCUUCAGAACGUGCGACCAAUGGAUUCCUUUGUGGCGUUGAAAUGUGCCAAUUUGACCGAUAUGUACUCUGUUGUACUGACAUUUGAUGCAGGCGGUCACAAUCUUAGAGAGACGGCGCCCAAGGUUCCUGGAAACCUGUUCACGAUUAGAGAGCAGAUCGCAAGUAUUGCACGUGAUAUGUUGGCAAGAAGAGUACCUUGUUGUGAGGAACAUCAUCAUUUACCACACAUGUACUCUUCAGGGAGGGAUAGAGUCCGUCAGACGAGGAGGAACCCAUUCACCGACCCGCCAUCUAACGUUCGGAAUGUACUCAAACUUCUUCGCUCAGAAGGUCGGGAACUGGAGAAGAUCGAAGCCUACGAUUCCACAUUGUUCCGCUGCAUCAGUAAAGAGGUCUUUGGAACGGAGGAGGAGUACAAGUCUAUCCGCGACAACGUUUCUGAUGCCUGUGCACAGGUUGAUGGAGACCAAAUGCCCUCGCUGAUGAAUAUGAGCGAACAUGACCAAGGGCGGGUUGUUCAGGCGCUAGCAGAUUGGUUACGUGUUUCUGUAUAUAUCUUCACGCAGGUGGGUGGGAGCAGUGGGGUGCAGUACCAGUGGUGCCCUUACCAUCCCUCUAGAUCGCAGACCGAGGACGACUCCAUCCACUCCCUUGGGUGUCGUUACUACAUUACGCUUUUCUAUGAUAUGCGAAGCCGGAAGUUCGACAGGGUUAUCCCGAUCAGUGGGUGUAACUGCCAAGUCAUGUCGCCAAUCCCACUUUUCAUGGAGACAAAUGGAGAUCUCCAAAAUCCUGGCGUCGUCAGGGUUGCUGAAUCUGAUCGACACAUGACCUUAAAGCAACGUCUACCGUCACCGUUCAUUGAGGAACAGAUUACAAGUGAGGUACGAAGGCCAUUAAUGGCACGUCAGUUCUCCGAGUGUUACAGCGUCCUGCACGAACGUCAGGACAUGUCGGAUCGAUUUAUUGACUCCAUUUUUCAGGACUCGCAUUCUUUCUAUAGAUGCCUCAGCAAGGAGCUGUUUGGAUCACAGGAACACUUUGGGCUCAUCCGUAAACGUCUUUUAGAUGUCAUAGAGGAAACGCGUCCCGAACUUGAGUAUGAUCUAAGACAUCUCGCUCUGCUGCUGGGUAGGUCUGCUUUAACGGUGGAUGAACUGAAACAAAGAAUCUUGGACCUAGAAAAUGCAGGUAAGGAGGAGAUUUACCUUACCAGUGUUGUGUUUGCAACUUCCAUUUAUUUGCUUAGUAGAGAAGGUAGCCAAGAGAUAAACAAUUUUACAUGGAAACACUACUCCUGGAAUGUCAUGGCGAAAACCUGCGUCAGGCACGGCGCUGACAAGCGUAGUGAGGCGAUGUGCCCGUCCAACGGCAGAUAUUACAUUUCUCUUUUCCAGAGUUCUGCUGGCCAUUACGAUCGUGUGGUUCCCAAAUAUGAAUUGUGUAACUGUGUAUUGACACUCCCUGGGGACGCAGAGAUUGGCCCCCUGGACAUCGGUCAAAUCAAACUUGACAUUCCAAAACUGAGCUUUGAGGAGAGGAGUGUCCUUGUUACACGAAACGUCGACCUUUGUCUGACCAAGCUGAAGAUAACACUAAACACGUGGCUGCUGGUGAGCGAGUUGACAGAAGAGCUGUGCCAUCAGAUUGUUUCAGAGCUAGAAAACCGACGUUUUGGGGUCAACAUUGCCACCAUAGUGGGUGGAUCCACGGGCCUAAUAGGGGCGGGGCUAGCACUUGCUGGUGUUAUUGCUGCACCAUUCACAGCCGGAUUGUCGCUUGGGCUCACAAUAGCAGGGGCUGCAGUUGGAGGAGUGGGCGGGGUUACAAUGGCCGGGUCAAAGAUCACGGAGGUCGUUCUCGGUAGUAAGGCGACCGAUGUCCUCAAAGUCAAACAGUCUUUGCUUAAAACAAAAUCGGAUGAUUUGAAGAAAGUCAUAACAGAGUUUCAAAAGAGUGUUCAGACAAUGGAGGUUGACGUAAAGGAACUUCUGCGUGAAGAUAAUCUUCAGGUCUUAGACACAGCCAUCUUUUCAACAAUCAGCACGCUGGUCCGUGCACUACAUCACCUUUACGUCAUCCCCAUGACCGUUCUGAGGGUGUCGUUUCAAAGCGUUGCUGUGAUAUCCGCCAUCCUCAUCCCUCUCGCCGUCUUAGUUGACGUGGGCUCAAUUGCACACGCGGGAUGGAACCUAUCCAAGAAGUCUAGGACUAAUGUGUCCGAGGACUUACGGCGGAUAGCGAUCCUCCUCAGGUCGUGUAGGAUACAGCUGGACACGUGGGCUUACGGCAACGAAGAGGCAGAUGACCGCUGAUGAGACGUAGAUGGACGACCGCUGACGAGACGUAGAUGGACGACCGCUGACGAGACGUAGAUUGACGACCGAUGGUGAGACGUAGAUGGACGACCGUUGAUGAGACGUAGAUGGACGACCGCUGACGAGACGUAGAUGGACAUCCGCUGAAGAGACGUAGAUGGACGAUCGCUGACGAGACGUAGAUGGACGACCGCUGGUGAGACGUAGAUGGACGUCCGUUGACGAGACGUAGAUGGACGAUCGUUGACGAGACGUAGAUUGACGACCGAUGGUGAGACGGAGAUGGACGACCGUUGAUGAGACGUAGAUGGCCGACCGCUGACGAGACGUAGAUGGACGCCCGUUCACGAGAGUAGAUGGACGACCGUUGACGAGACAUAGAUGGACGACCGAUGGUGAGACGUAGAUGGACGACCGCUGAUCAGACGUAGAUGGACGACCGCUGACGAGGCGUAGAUUGACGACCGAUGGUGAGACGGAGAUG